AUGACCGAGCCGUCUUCUAAACCCAACGGAAACGGCGCAAUUAACGGCGCCGCCGCUGCCACUAACGGCAAUCCCGGUCCAGUGAAAUCCCAGCUUUACAACCCAAACCGCCAAGUUUACCGGCCUCAAUCCCACUAUAACCGCCGCCAACGCUCCCACCGUAACCUCUGCUGCUGCUGCUGCUUCUGGACCAUCCUCACCGUCCUCGCCGUCGCUCUCCUCGCCGCCAUUGCCGGCGCCGCAAUCUAUGUCCUCUAUCGCCCUCACCGACCGGAAUUCUCCAUCACCAACCUCCGCAUUGCAAAGAUGAACCUCACCACCUCGAGCGACUCACCUUCCCACCUCACUACCCUCUUCAACCUCACCCUCAUCGCCAAGAACCCCAACAACCACCUCGUCUUCUUUUACGACCCAUUCACCGUCACCGCCUUCUCCGACUCCGUCCAAAUCGGAAACGGUUCCCUGACGGCGUUCACCUCCGACAAGAACAACCAGACGAGCCUCCGAGCGAUCUUGUCGGGUUCCCAAGAUCUGGACACUGACUCGUUGACUAGCCUGAGAUCGGGUCUGAAGAAGAAGAAUGGGUUCCCGGUGGAGAUUCAGAUGGACACGAAGGUGAAGAUGAAGAUGGAGUGGCUGAAGAGCAAGCAGGUUGGGAUUAGAGUGACGUGUGACGGAAUCAAAGGGACUGUGCCCGCCGGCAAGUCUCCGUCGGUGGCUUCCGUCAUCAACUCUGAGUGUAAGGUCGAUCUUCGAAUCAAGAUCUGGAAGUUCUCAUUUUAGUUUUUUAAAUCUUUGAUUGAUUAUUAUUGCCAAUUAUUCAUUAUUAUCAAUAUCAAUAAUCAAUCCAAUCAUCAAAGAUCCCUUCU